AUGACAGCCGUCGGACGCCGGAAUUACGCAGAUCCAAUUGGUAGCCAGUUGGAGUCCGGAUCGAAGAUCAAGGGAUUACAUGCGCCAUUCGAGGGCGUUGAGGUGAUCUCGCCGAAUGAGUUCGAGAUCGUGCUCUACCUGAACCAGAUGGGCGUCUUCAACUUUGUGGACGACGGCACCCUGCCCGGCUGUGCGGUGCUCAAGCUGAGCGACGGACGCAAGCGCUCCAUGUCCCUGUGGGUGGAGUUCAUCACAGCGUCGGGCUAUCUGUCGUCGCGCAAGAUUCGCGCCCGCUUCCAGACGUUGGUGGCGCAGGCGUGUGACAAGAGCAUCUAUCGGGAUAUGGUCAAGAUGAUUGGCGACACCACCGAGGUGAAGCUGCGGAUUAGGGAACGCUUUGUGGUGCAGAUAACGCCGGCCUUCAAAUGCUCCGGCAUCUGGCCGCGAUCGGCGGCGCAUUGGCCUAUGCCGCAUAUACCCUGGCCGCAUCCCAAUAUCGUGGCCGAGGUCAAGACCGAGGGCUUCGAUCUGCUCUCCAAGGAGAGCAUCAUUAUGCAGAACAAGAACAACAAUGCGGCCAGCAUGGAGGGCGAUGCUUGGGUUCUAAGUUUCUUCGAGGCUGAGAAUCGCCUGCUGCAAGGUGGCUGCCGUCGUCGCUGCCUGAGCAUAUUGAAGACGCUGCGUGACCGUCACCUGGAGCUGCCCGGCAAUCCGAUCAGCGCGUAUCACCUGAAGAAUCUGCUGCUCUACGAGUGCGAGAAGCAUCCGCGUGACUUUGAGUGGGACGAGAGCUGCAUUGCGGACCGUUUGAAUGGUAUAUUCCUGCAGCUAAUCUCCUGCCUCCAAUAUCGCCGCUGUCCCCACUAUUUUCUGCCCAGCCUCGAUAUGUUCAAGGGCAAAUCCCCCAGCGCCCUCGAGCAGGCUGCCAAGCAGGUCUGGCGUUUGACUCGUGAGAUGCUCACCAAUGCCAAUGCCUUUGAAAAGUUGUAAGCGCGGCAAGAGAGAGCGAGAGCGAGAGAGAGAGAGUAUGUGUGUGUGUGUGAUUGUAUGAUUCAAGGUGCUAAAUUUUCAUUGUCACAGCGCGGCGAUUGCGUUGAUCUGAUAAGCGAAAUGCCCUCAGUGGCUGCCAUUUUGUGCCAUGUCUGUGUGUGUGUGUGAGUGUGUUUGCGUGCGUGCAUGUGUGUGUGUGUGCAUAGCAACAACAAUAGCAAGCGGCGAAAAGCCGAAGUGUUAAUGCAAAGAUGAGAGAUAAGCCGCACAUUGCACACUCCUCAAACCAAAUUCGACUCUUUUGCCGCCUGUUACCGUUGCUGCUGCUGAUGCUGCUUCUUCUUUUUGCCCAUUGCACGCCUGGCUGCUUAUCCGGCGAAUAUUGUUUUUAAUAACUCGCCGCUUUGAGCAUGUUUCGCCUUAUGGCCAAACACAAUGCCAGCAGCAGCAGCAGCAGCGAAACAACAAAACAAAACAAAGCGAAAUACAAACAGUCACAACAACAACAACAACAACAAAAGGAACAGAGAAAAAAGAGCAUUUGUCGGCUUUGCUUUGCAAGUGUGCUCAAGUGUGAGCGAAUGCGCUCUCAUUAUCGAAAUUGAGUACUUACUCAUUUAAGUACUCGCUGUAAGUAAUAAAUACCCAUGCAUACGCAGCUGUAUACGAUAAAAACCUACUUAAAUUACACAUAUGUACAUACAUACAUAUAUGUAUAUAUAUAUAUAUCUAUACAACGUACAUCUAUGGAUUUAGAUAUCAAGAUAUUUGUUUAUCCUUCCACGUCUGACUGAAAUAAUAAGAAAGACAAGAGUCACAAAUAAAAAGAACAGAGAAAUACUCGCAUCGAACAUGCAUUAAUAUUUGUCUUCCCCUUUAAGUUAUAAUAUUAAAUGUAAGCCAUAUUCUGUCAUUUU